AUGAUUCACAGCCUCUUCCUGAUCAACUCUUCUGGGGACAUCUUCCUUGAGAAACACUGGAAAAGUGUGGUUAGCCGCUCGGUUUGUGACUACUUCUUUGAGGCACAGGAAAGAGCCUCAGAGGCAGAAAAUGUGCCCCCCGUGAUCCCCACCCCUCACCACUAUCUCUUGAGUGUCUAUCGGCACAAGAUCUUCUUUGUGGCAGUGAUCCAGACAGAGGUACCCCCGCUUUUUGUCAUUGAAUUUCUUCAUCGGGUUGUGGAUACUUUUCAGGUACGUAAAAUGGCAACGAGGACUAGAAACUGGUGUAGGAUUCUGUGUUUUGUCACAGGGCAACUCUUGAUUAGGAACAUAUGAAGCUGCCUUAUACAGAGUCAGACCACUGCUCCAUCUAGUUUUCCAUGGUCUACACUGCCGGGGCCCUCCAGAUGGUGGACUGUUUGUUUAUUUGUUUGUUUGAUAGGUUGUUAUUUAUUUGUUAAGCUUUCAGACCGCUUUUCAGGAGAUGUUUGCAGCUCAUGCAGUCUUUUGCCAUUGGGCAUGGUGACUGGGGAGGAUGGAAGUUUGAGUCCAUCGACAUCUGGAGGGCCACAGGUUGCCUGCCACCAGUCCCACUGACUGGCAGCAGCUCUAAAGGGCUUCUGGAAGGAGUCUUUUGCCACCCCACCUGGAGAUGCGUUCAGAGCAGGUGCUCCACCACUGAAGAACCACCCUUCUUUCGGGCUCUUGGCCAUGCAGACUCCUAGACCCCCAUUUAAAGGCCACCUCAGAGAUGCUCCAGUUGUCUUUCCUAAUUGUUUACCCUUCCUUACAGAAAAAUGGCUUUCGCCUCCUUUCUUACUUUGGGCAUGCUCAGACUGCACACCCACCACAAUUUUCUAACUACCUGUCAGCACAUGAGAACCAGUGAUGGAAUCUGAGUUGUAAUCUGAUGAGCUGAGCAUCAGGGAUGCUUCUCUGCACUUCUUCAUUAUUUAUGUGCCUCAUUUUCUCCUCCUCCAGUUACCACUGUAGCUUCCUGGUGACUGUAAGAAAAGGGUCGGGGAAGACGGAGAAGGAGAGUCCACCCUCCCAAAUUUGGGAAACUCCAAACCAACUUGGGUCACAAUCCAGGGUGAUUUUCUGAAAUGAACAGGGCCAGAUGCUUCCUUACUUCUAAUAGUUUUAUACUUUAAUUCUUCCAAGUAACUUGUGGUGACAAGCAUGGGUCUCUCCCCCCCUGCCCCCCCCACAAAAUAUUCCCACUUUAUCCUCACAAGACCCCUGUAGGAGUAAGGUCAGUAAAUAGUCACUGGCCCCAAGGUGCCUUGUGAGCCUCAUGGCUGGGUGACAUUGAAACGCUUGUCUCCUUGGCCCUAUUCCAGCAUUCUCACCACAAUUACAGAGUGCUCUGGUUCACUUCCAGGUGGACCAGCAUUGUUCUCCAAUUAUUUUACUUUACUGUGUUUUUUUAAUACUAAAAUGCUGUUCUUCAUUUAUACAUUUUAUAAAUCUCAAAGUGGUUCACAGUAUACAUAAAACCAAUAAAUAGCACCAGUUAAAACAUCAACAAGCCAUAUACAGUACUUUUCAACAGCAGCAGCAACCAAGAGAGCAAAAUUCUGUCUGAAUUCCAGUUGCUGGAACCACAGUGAGUGAGACUGCUCUUGUGCUCGAGUGCUGCUUUUGGGUUUCCCACAGACCUCUGGUUGGCCACAGGUUGUUGGACUAGAUGGGCUGCCUGAUCCAGCAGGUUCUUAAAAUGUUCUUAAAGGAGUUCUAUACCAAUAGUCAAGGAAUCCCAGAAAGGUCUUCAGUUGUCUGCAAAAGGCCUCCAUUGUCUAUGCUCACCUGGUCUCUAUAGGGAGCUUGUUCCACAAAAUGGGCUCCCCAAUGGAAAAGGCCCUCCUUUGAACCCAUGCCAAAUGGACUUUGGUAUGGGUAGCAGUGCCCCCCCCCAUAGAUUGCAGUCACCUGCAUGGACUGUGGAUGGAAAAGGCUGACCUAACCUGGUCCCAAGCGGUCCCAUUCGUUCCUUGUGAUCUUGUCAAGAGAACAUCUCCCAGGAUUGUAUCCCAUAGGCCAGGACUCUCCAUCUCUCACUCUGCUGCUCCCAGUGAUACCUCAAAACUCCUGCUUGAAGUGGCUUCCUCACCUUGCUACACAGGAAAACCACCUCUGGCUUUUCUUUUCAUGGGGAAUAAGCGGAGCUCUCCCUCUUUGGCCUGUUUCAGCAGACACCCUGAGGAGGCUUGUUAACCUUGUUUCCACACACAGGAUUAUUUUGGAGUCUGCUCUGAGAUUGUCAUCAAGGACAAUGUCGUGGUGGUCUAUGAGGUGCUGGAGGAGAUGCUGGACAAUGGAUUCCCAUUGGCUACUGAGUCCAACAUUCUGAAGGAGCUGAUCAAGCCCCCAACCAUCCUACGGACAGUUGUCAACACCAUUACAGGUCUGUGAUUUUGUGUAUGUGUGUGUGUGUUGUCUCCAAAUAACCUAUUUAUUGAGCGUUCACACUGAUUUGUUCGCAGGGAGAUUGGAUGGCGUUAACUGAUGAGCACGCAUUCUCAUUUGUUGGUGGGGUGGUUAGAUGAUGAUGCAGUGCAGCGAGAGUUAUCUCACACUUUUCACUGGAUUUUCCCAUCCCUGGUAGUGGGCGAGGGCUGAGCCUUAACAGGUGAACUAGUGGAGAACUGGUGUAAGAGCUUUAAAGUAAAAAGGUUUCACAGCUGCAUUUUGCAACUGGAAGUUUGUCCCCACUGAGACAAGUAGGAUUUGCUUACAAGUAAAUUUUAUGCAGGGUUGCAUCAGUGAGAGAUGCAUUUGAUGAGAGAUGCAUCAGACUCUGGUGGUGUUCAUAACUUCCUGAAGAAUCUUCACUGCAUGUGCUAGAUGGAUCCCAUGACUUACUGUUUUCACUGGGAAAGCACGUGUGGCAUUGUGGACCUCCUCUUGACAAAGAGCACAGCCAGGUUUAUCCUCCUGAACAGCUGGAAUGAAUGGAAGAGGUAGCUCUUUCAGCUCAGUUCAGAUGAUGUCAAGAAGACUAUCACGAACAUGUUUGACAACUGAAUGGUUCUGAGACACUAUUCUGCAUGUAGACAACCUGACAACUGACCCAUAUUCAGUUCAACAACUGUUCUCCAUAUUUGGCUUUGACCGCUUUCUACUUCUAAUUUUUGUCAAUAGGUUUUCUCACACUGCAAUACAGGUCAGUGAGCUGAUUGUCUGCACUGAAGGCAGGGAACCUAUGGCUCUCUAGAUAACAUUGGGCUCCAACUCUUAUCAGCCUCAGCUCACAUGGUCUGUGGUCAGGAAUGAGGAGAUUUGGAGCCUUAACAACAUCUAGAGGGCUUCCCAUUCCUGGUUUGCAUGCAGAUUGUAUACCCCCACAGCUCCUACCUUCACAUAGUCUCAUUUGGUCAUCAGUGGCUGUGUUUGGAUGAUCAAAUCUUGGCUUAAUAUGCCAAGUUAUGAGCCAGCGUUGCUCCUCCACAUGCAGCUACUUUGCUGUUCCCUUCAUAGGAUGGGGAAAUGAGCCAGGAAGCCACAGUUUAAAAAUAGCUUCUCAUUAUGUACCAACCAGGAAACUAUGAUUAAUGGCUUCUCAGCAAGCCAGAAUAUGGAGAGACAGCCUAAAGUUGGUUGGCUUGGAAGCAGUUAACCAUAGUUUGUUGGUUUGAAUGUAAGGAGAAGCUAUGGUUAACUGUUGCAUGUACCCAUUGUAGCUUUGGGGACCUAAACAAAGCUUUCCUGAAAAAGCAACUUCUCCCAUUCAUCCUAGAUCUCUGUGAGGAUGAAGGUAGCCAAGAGGUUAUGCCUCAGUUUGAGAAUAAUGUUCUCAGGGCUAACGGUGAUGGGAUCUGUCUUGCCAAUGUGGAGAAGAUUUUUAUUUUUAUUUAAUUUUAUUUUAUUUAUAACUUGUUCUGAACCACAAAUGAACAGUCAGAAUCCCAGCAGGGAUCUUGCCCUCCCAUGUUCCCACACUGUAAGAUUUAUACACAGUUUCAGUGUGCAUAAGACAAUGUUCAUGCAUAUGACUUCUCCUACUGUACCAGAAGUUGUCCCUGGAGGGUGAAUGCCUGACAGACCUGCAAGAACAUAUGCAAAGAAGAUUUUUCAAGAAGACACAAAUACCCCCAAGUUUGGUGCAUUCCUUGCCAUAAAAAUGUGAGCAAAUUUAUGUGUGAGUAGCUCUCAUUAACCUCAGUGAGACUUAGCUGCUCCCUUUGGGCUGUGGGAUAUUUUGCUGCAAGAGUUGCAAACUUCCAUAUGCAUACAGCUUCUGCCCCAUGAAUCUGGUAUGCAGAAGAAAAAUAUUUUGGCUCUUCCUGGUGGGAACUCCUUGCACUAAAUGCAAUCUGAAAAUACUGCCGUUUCUGAGAGAGAGAGCAGUGUUUUGCUGUGGUACAAGAGAAUGAGAAAUUAGGAAAUGGGUUUGGCUGUCCACUUGUCUACUGCCAUCUCUUUUAACCUUUUCAGGAAGCACCAAUGUGGGAGAGCAGCUCCCCACAGGACAGCUGUCUGUUGUUCCUUGGCGAAGAACCGGUGUGAAGUACACCAACAACGAGGCCUAUUUUGAUGUGAUUGAGGAGAUAGAUGCCAUCAUUGACAAAUCAGGUACAAAGAUCUGUAUUCACAUGGCAUCGCCUCUAGGCAGCAGUGUCCUUGCCUCAAUGAACAGAAGCAGCAGCAUUUGGGGCCAAAGGAAGACACAUUUCAAUGCAUUCCCCUCCUCUUGUUCAUUUCAUUUCCCUCGUCAGUGAUGGUGUUUGCAUGCUUCUUUUCAGAUGUAACUUACAAAGUGAUCUACCAUUUUGAAAAGUCUCGACUACUGUUAAGCAUAAUCAGUGUCCAAAGUGAUUUCCCCGGGUUUCCUGGCCUCCUUUGUGACCCACUUGGGUUUUAUUUCCCAUGGCAGGUUCCACGAUUACGGCUGAAAUCCAAGGGGUGAUUGAUGCUUGCGUGAAAUUAACUGGGAUGCCAGACCUUACCCUCUCCUUUAUGGUAAAGUUUGAGAGGAAGGACCUCUUGCUUGCUUUUUUCAUGCUCUGAGUAGACCUACUUGAAUUAAGGAUCAUCACAAGCUUAUGGUACCCUCCGUAUUUCCUUUCUGUUGUGCCUUCAUGAUUAUUUGCACCCAUGAUGUUGAUGGGGCAGUUAUAGGCUAUCCCACUUGCUAUACUGCUUGUGCCUGCAAAACUUUUGGGGCAGACACCCUGCUUCAUUUCCAAUCCAUGCAUGUCUUGUAACUUUCUGCUGAAAUCUUGUAUUUUUUUAUACUGUAAAUAUUCUGUUUGUUUUUUGUCCUUCUUUUAUUGCGCUAUAGUGCAAUAAUGGCCCACCAGGCAGCAGUGAUGUGGUCGCAUUGGGCAAAGAUUGCAGAACAAAUGAAGUGGAAUGGCGUGGGUGGGUGGUCCAUUAAUCCCAAUGGUUCCAGUUUAAUUGGAUACAACUCUGUGCUGCUGUUCCGUAUAAAAAUGUCAGGGUGGCAUAUGUAAUAUAGUAGAACAGUUGGUGUAUAGAAACAUUCACAUGCCAGAUAGUAAAAAAGCAGGAGGAGCCAAGCAGGAAAAUUGCUGCCUACAGCGAUGCUCAGGCAAUUUUUAAAAUUAUUUGCCUAGCAACAGUACAGCAUCAAAGUCAGCACCAAGCAAGCACCCCUAGGGAAGGCAUUCCAUAUCUGGCUAUAUGGAGCCUCACAACAGAGAAAGAUCUUUUUCCUGCUCUCUCUCUGCCUCGCUUCAGAUGUCAGGGAAGCCUGGAAGAUGGCCAUCAAGCCCGAUGGGGCUUGUGUGGUCCUUCAUCACUUGAUGACUGUUGAGGUCCAGGCAUUCAAGUGGGGCUUGUCCUGCAGACCCGCCAAGGUUCCCUGGGGGAAGAUGCCAGAGGAACUGGCUGGUGUGGGUGGAAGGCACUGCAGAAUGUUGUGAUGGGAAGCAGGGUUUAAACUAGGGGUGGGGGACACUUUUUCAGCUGAAGGGCCAUAUUUCCUUCUGGGCAACCCCUUUGGGGCCACAUGACAGUGGUGCAUGGAGACAGAGGCAAAAGCAAGCAGAGCAACAAACCUUUGUCUAGUAGGCUAGUUUCUACACAUGCUCAUCUCUCCUCCAUCCAGACAAGCAAGAGUCACUACCAAAGUUCAAGGACACCUAUCCAAGCGAAAGCACCCAAGGAGGGUCCAAUGCUUGGCCGGGGAGGGUGUGUGACCUGGGGAGAGUCCCAACGGCCCAGCCCUCAGUUAGACCUCUGAAAUGGGUAUUGGGAAUACAUCAGGAACUGUGGGGAAGAGACAGGCAGCAGAAAAGACAACCCACUGAUUUCAGGAGAGAGAACAGUCUGGUUAGAAAUCUCUGCUAUCUUUAUCUUGCUUGCAUUAGAAUCCCAGGUUGCUGGACGACGUCAGCUUCCACCCAUGUGUGCGUUUCAAGCGUUGGGAAUCAGAACGUAUCCUCUCCUUCAUUCCUCCAGAUGGGAACUUCCGUCUGCUGUCAUAUCAUGUCAGCGCUCAGAAGUAAGGAGUGGGGUUGGGAGCAAUCAUUGGCUCCCAAGGUCCAGGAUCUUUCCCUAAACACUUGGUUUGAAAAGGAAUCCCUCGUGGUGACAUUGUGCCUCUCCCCCACCCAGGGGAACUGCCACCCUCUUAUUGGCUCCAUUCCCUUUUUGAUUUUAUUUUUAUUUCUCUUCUCUUCAUUGCCCACCCUUCAUCAUCAAGUCCCAGGGCGGGUUACAACAACUUAAAAUUCUGAAUUAAAAACAGAACAUACUACAUUCACAAGAAUACGGUAUGUCCUGAAAACACACAUCUCAGGCGUCUAAGGGUAAAGAGGUAUGUCUCCAGCAUUUGCCGAAAGCUACGUAGCAAAGAAGCCAGUCUGUAAGGAAGGAGGCAAGGUUUUAAAUAUAUAUAUAUAUACUUGAGGCCUGAGUUUAGGGUUUUAAACAUGAACAUGGGCACCUUGAAUUGGGCCCAGAAACAGAUCAGCAACUGUGGGGCAUGAAGUCAACCUUGGCUUGGAAGGUGCCACAAGGAACCUGCAACGAAAUGUUACAGCAUGGUGUAUUGCUGUUCAGGAUACUCUGCUUUGUUCCUCAUCCUCAGCAGUCAGUCCGUAUUCAGUGGUCACUGCAGACACUCAGUCCCGGAGGUUUUUGUUUUUGCUCCAUAAGCAGUGACAUCCCUGAAUGCUGGAAAUAGAGGGAGUGAUGAAACGGGAUAUUGCAGACCCUUUGCUAAAACUGAGCACAGAAAGAGCAGAAUUAAGACAAAGGAGCAGCUCCUUUGUCCUGGAUCAGCGGGAAGACUAGAUGCUAGGGGUGUGCACAGAUGGACCCCACCUCCCCCCCAGUGACCUUCAGAAGUGCCAUUUGCCAUAGUCAGACUGGCUCUUGAAAAAUCAAGAUGACAAAGCUAAUCUGCUCUAUAGUAGAGCUGAAACAAAACCUUACACAAACUAAAAAUGUUGCCAUUGCCAUUCAGUGUUGAGAGUUGCUUUUGGGAUGUAACAGUACUCAUGGAUUUUAAGGUGAUGAUGCUUAGGGACUGACUGACUGACUGACUGACUGACUAAAAUCUAUAAAUCUGAAAGUAGUUGUCAUUGGCAAUGCUGACAAUGUAAAUUCAAAGUUUUGCAAGCCAAAUUUAAAAAGGAAAAAAGCACUUAGGAGCCACCAUCCCUCCCCCAAAUUUGUUUCAGAUCUACAGUGCAUCUUUGGCUCCACAAAAAUCCUUGUCCUCCUACACAGGACCGGGCAGGUUAGGGCAGCUUUCUCCAACCUGGUGCCCUGCUCCAGAUGCUUUUAAUUGCAAUUCCCAUCAUCGUUGGCCAGCACAGUGGGGCGGCGGGGGGGGGGUGAGGUGGCAGUUUGGACCACAGUGCCGAAACGUGACUCCCCUACUAGCUAGGCUUGAUGAGAGUUGUAUUCCAAAACAUACGGAGCAGGACACCAGGUUGGGGGGAGCUGGUUUUUACUGCUGCUGCUGCUGCAAUGGUGUCUCCUCUGUUCCAGCUUGGUGUCCAUCCCUGUUUAUGUGAAGCACAACAUCAGUUUCCGGGACAGCAACUCCUUGGGCCGCUUUGAGAUCACCGUGGGUCCCAAGCAGACAAUGGGGAAGAGCGUGGAGGGGGUGAUGGUCACCAGCCAGAUGCCCAAAGGAGUCUUAAACAUGACCCUCACGCCUUCGCAGGGGGCGCACACAUUUGAUCCUGUCACAAAGGUGAGAAGGGAGGUGGGACUGGGGCAGCUAAGUCUGGUUCUUGAACAAUUUCUCUCGUCUUCCAGGAAGAGAGGAGAUGAGAGCCCCUUGACCCAUUUAGAUGCUUUUCGGCAUCUUUUCAAAGUAGGGCAAUUAGAGUGGCACAAUUUCUGCAUGCAGUUCUCCAGCCAAAUAAUGUGUACAGAAAUAUAUACUAAACUGUGCAUAAAAACACGUGUAUUAGUGAAAACAACUUACAAUAAUGCAUUGUAUUACAGGAAAUUGCUUGUGAAAUUGUGUAUAUUACUAAAAAUAGUAUACCAAAAUGUGUUCACUAGGAGAAAUUAGCACUAAAAUGCUGGUGAAUUUUCAGGAGGAUUAAAAAAUAAUAAUCCACAAGUUGCUACAGAAAUUUGGAGUACAGAUAUUAUGACUGAAAAAAUGAGAACCUGAGAUCCAUUCCUACUUGCCACACAAUGUUCUUUCUUUCUUUGGCGAUCACUUGUAGCAGAGUAAGAUGGUCUUCCACAAACAGAGUUUUAGCAAUGAGUCCGUAAGUGACUGUGGAGGCCAAUUCUGGAUCCACCCAUCCUUCCACAGUGGGGACAUUGGUUUCCGGGUGGGAGUUGAUCAUGGUGUGGAUUUGCCAAGCGGGCCUUCUUCUUAGCACAUUUCUCCCUUGCGUCCUGAGUUCGAGUGUCUUCAAAGCCAAGACACUCGAAGACAGGGCACACAAUGUGCAUAUGCACUGAUAUAUUAAAACCAAGUUAAAAACAAUUUGCAGUCACCAAGGCAGUCAAGUGAGUAGAGUGGAACUGGAGAUGGCAGCAAUAGGAAUGACCAGUUUGCUUUAAGAGAGGAAAGGUCUUGGUCAGCCCACUAGAGGUGUCCAGUGAGCAAACCAUGAAUUCCCCAGGGAGGGCACCACUGCUUAGAAGCCCCUGUUCUGUUUCCUCCCUUUGCCCUCCCCACCCUCUGAUUCCAAAGGCAGCAGCACCCUGGGAAGGGUGUCUUGGAUGAUUAACUAAAGCUUCCUAUCCACACUUAGGUCCUCUGAAUAGAGCAAGAACUUGCUUCUGAAUAAGCACACAAGAGGGUUGAGAUGUAAACUCAAAUUGAUUCACAGUGCAUUAGUUGCAGAUUGGUCUGUAUGUCUGAGGUCAAGGCAGAGGCAUAUUCUGAUACCCUUCCUUCCUGUGUGUCAGCACUGCAAGUCCUACACUUUCCAGGCCCCAAACCUUAUUUUAUUUAUUCAUUUAUUACCUUUAUAUCGUAACUUCCCUUCAAGGAACUCAAGGUGAUACACUUUUUUUCUCCUCCCCGUUUUAUUUUCACAACAACCUUGUGAGGUAGGUUAGGCUGAGAGUGAGCGACUGUCCCCAGGUCACCCAGCGAGCUUUCUGGCCGAGUGGGGAUUUGAACCCUGGUCUCCCCCAGGUCCUAGUCCAACUCUCCAGCCACGACAUCACACUGGCUUUCAACCUUCCUCUGUCUUACUGACUCCAAGCUCUGUGGUUGCCUGUCUUCUGUUUCUCCUGUGAAGCUGCUGUCUUGGGAUGUGGGGAAGAUCAACCCCCAAAAGCUGCCCAAUCUGAAGGGGACCAUGAGCCUCCAGGCAGGAGCCUCCAAGCCGGACGAGAACCCCACCAUCAACCUGCAGUUCAAAAUCCAGCAGCUGGCCAUUUCCGGUAUGUGGGCAGAGAGUUCAGUGACACUCCGCUUUUUUAAACUUACUCACUUCCUUUUGAAACAUUUCUCUCUCAGUUGACCCAAUUAGGAUAAAGCAAAGCAGACGACAGCAGAGGAUGGUGGGCCUGCAAGGCAAUUUAACAGCCUGUUGCUGACGCAAAAGCCACCCUUAUUCCAUCUUAAUGGUUGCUUUGAGCUGCCUUGAAAAGCUCCCACUCUGUUGGGCAAAUAGGUGGGGCGAUUAGUGUUUUAAUGAAUGCCCAGUGUCCCCUUUGCCAGUUUCUUAAAAGAGGCACCUGACCAAAGCAGGUCUUCCUAGGCCAAACGUUCUCUAUCCUGGACGCCAUCCUUGAGAAUCCCCUUUCUUCUGUCAUGCCCUAUUAGUCUGGUGCCUGGAGGAGCUCACGCAUCCAGGCCGGUCAGCUGGCUCAGUGGCACGGAGCGUGCCCAGUGAGUGACUUGCUACGAGAAGGUUGGGAGUGAACGGAGGCCUCUUUAGCCUCUGCCUUCCGUCCUGCCUCUUCUGGCUCCACGUCCUUUGGGGAAGCAGCCUCUGGCCUGAAGAUGGCCACUUCUCCUGGGCGCUGUGGUCUCCUGCCUCCUGCGGUCCCUGGCCAGGUCAUUUGGGAGGGGCAGGCACUUGGUUCCUCGAGCUCAGGGGAAGCAUCUCGGCUCUGGUUCUCUGACCCCUGGUGUUGUGGGAGCUGGGCUCAGAGAUUCUCUUACUACCUGUGUCAAGCUUGGAGCCAGGAACCUGAUCUGGCUCCUUAACUGAAGGCUGUAGCCUCUGACUUGGUAUCCUGGUCGUUGCUGGACUCUGUUCUGGGGCACUUAGCCACUCACCUAACAUCUAUUAGUUUAUUAAACUUCUUAAUGACAUUAUCUUGCCCAAGGCAACCCAAAGCGACUUAACAACCCACUCACCCACCCCACAGAGAUACACUAAAACCAGGGGAGGGGAUACAUUAAAAACAUCCCACCCCCUUCUAAAAGGCCACAGAUAGUUAAAGGCCGAAGUCCUGGUUACAGAGGAUUUUUUUUGCCUGGUGCCUAAAGACAGGGAUGUACAAAGCAGCAAUCUUACUGCUACAGGGGGACAUGUGAAAGAAACUAUAUGGCUCAGUGGACUGCAGCAGACAAUUAGUCCCCUCCUUUGCUCCUUCCCAUCUCUAGCAUAAUAGGUUUCAUGAAGAUUAAGCAGUUCUGUGCAUAUGUGCCUAACAGUCGCAACAUCCUAAGGGGCUAAGAGGAGCCCACUGGAUCAGGCCAGUGGCCCAUCUAGUCCCACACUCUGUUCUCACGGUGGCCAACCAGAUGCCCUGCGAAGUGCGCAAGCCGGCCCUGAGUGCAAGAGCACUCUCCUCACCUGUGGUUCCCAGAAAUGGGCACUCGGGUCUUCUGCCUCCGUCAGUGGAGGCAGAACAGAGCCGCCAUGUCUGGUCUUCCCCAGUUGCUCUCCCCCAACCUCUCUCCUUACCUUUUCCGCCCUCCUAGGUUUGAAAGUGAAUCGCCUGGACAUGUAUGGAGAGAAAUACAAGCCUUUCAAAGGGAUCAAAUACAUGACCAAAGCUGGGAAGUUCCAAGUGAGAACAUAA